CUCACUGCACUCCCCAUCUCCCCCGCAGCCUCCGCGCGUGCCGUUGCGGCGGCGAUGGAUUUGGUGCGACUCCGGCCGUCGCUCCUCGCCGCGCGGGGCCCCCGGUGCGGCCUCGCUGCCGCCUCUCCGGCGAGCCAAAGGACCCAAGGUCCUUCCUUCGAUCAAUGUCAGAAAUUCUUUGGUUGGGAAUCCUCCCACCACAGAAUACCACAUCGACCAACAACUAGUUCUGCUGAUGCUUCGGGACAACCGCUACAAUCUUCAGCUGAAGCACAUGAUCAUCAAGUAAAUGGAAGCCAAUAUCAUCUUCUCUGGACUCAGGCCUGGUUUUCUCGGCCGCACACUGUCAUAGGAACAGCACUUAGCAUAGUCUCAGUUUCGCUGCUAGCUGUUGAGAAUUUGUCCGAUGUGUCUCCCUUGUUCCUCACUGGUUUGCUGGAGGCAGUGGUAGCAGCUCUUUUCAUGAACAUCUAUAUCGUUGGAUUGAAUCAGUUGUUCGACAUUGAGAUAGAUAAGGUUAACAAGCCAACUCUCCCAUUAGCAUCUGUGGAAUAUUCUCCUGCAACUGGAGUUGCACUUGUAUCAGCCUUCGCUGCUAUGAGCUUUGGCCUUGGAUGGGCUGUUGGAUCACAGCCUCUGUUCCGGCUUUUUUCAUUAGCUUUAUUCUUGUAACAGCAUAUUCAAUCAAUGUAAGAGACAUAUAUCUUUAACUCCCUCUUUUGUAUUUUUCAAAUU